GAGCUGAGUGUGUGACCAGGGCCUGUGAUGCCAGCAGUGCAGGCAGAGGGAGGGAGGCCGGCAGGAGGAGCAGAGGCCACCGGAGAGACCCCUAUUUAUGGGCCUGCCUUGGCCUCCACCCAGGGCCCAAGGACAGCCCACUGGAGGCUCGUGAUGUGGGGGAGGACAGAGCGGUGGAGCCCAGCUGCAGCCUCGCCCCCCACAGGGCUGCUUAUGUCAGAGGCUCUGACUGGACUGCCUGGGCCCCGCCACCUGCGGCGGAGUGAGGGCAGAGGCUGUGCAGAGGCCGCAGGGCUGGUCCUCUCCCCAGUCCGAGAGGCAGCCCGGCAGCCUGGAUGGGGGCAGGGGGCAUGUGCCUUGGCGCGGCCUUGCCUGGGACCUCUGAUCCCUUCUUUCCUGGGGCUGGGACCCCCUCACACAAGCCCUACCAUCAUUCUCUCUCCAAGCCCAGGGACCCUGGGAGGGGAUUUGCACUGUCUGGGUUUGGUCCUGAAAGGCCCAGCAGGCUGGAUGGUCAUGGCAGAGUUGGGCCACGGUAACCAGGGUAACCAGAUCUGCCCUGGAAGUGGGGCCCGAAGGCCAGGCGUGCUGGGCACAGCUUCCCCCACAGCCAGCUGCUGGGGCACCCUUCUCAGCCGCGGGCCCCCCUGGCCUUGGGCACAGGCCCACCCUUUGUGUGUGGUUCCAGCUACACUGGUCCCGCCCCGCAGUCUGGCCCAGGAGCAGCAUGUGGGACUCAGGCUGUUUCUUGGUCCAUACGCUGAGACGGGGACUGCUCACAGUGCCUCCUGCCAUCAGAGGACUCGGGGUUACCCCUGGCCUGGGAGGCCUUCCUUGGUGGACAGGCUGUCUCUGAGGUCCUGGGCCCUGUUCAGCUCUCACAGGUGUCACCUGUCCCUCCGCUUCAGCCCGAGGUCAUCCCAGGCCAGUGGGGCCUCAGCUAAGGGCUGACCCCUGUGAGCUGGAGAGGUGGUGGGACGGGACCGGAAGAGGAACGUGGAGGAAGGCGUGGGGGACACGCCUGCACCCCCAUGUGGGCACCAGGCUUCCUGCCCAUUCACCGGCUGGCAGCCCUUUGGCCCGAGGGAGGCCUGUGGCUCUCUGAGUGGCUGGGCUGCAGGCCCCUUACCAGGCCAGGCCACCCGGAGACGAGGACAGCUCUGCCAGUGGUGAGCACACCCCGGGGCAAGGCAGUAAGGUGACCCAGGACGGUGGGACCAGGAGUGUGGGGAAGAGGUGACCCAGGACAGUGGGACCCUGGAGAUAUGGGCCUGAACAGCUCUCGUCUGGGCAGGCUGGGCUAACCCGCCAGGAGGGGCACUUGCUGCUGGACCCCUGGGGGUCCCAUAGAUCCUGGGGGUCAAGGUCCUCCUGAGGACGGAGUGGCUCCUGGGGGCCCCAGUGUCCGGCCCUCAGACCCAGCGCCAGGGACAAAGUCCCUCCUCCAGCAUUCCCCCGGUGGGCAGAGGGCCAGGUGCCCCCCAUGUCCCUUCUCCCCAGGGGGCCUCCAGCGGCGGGGCGGGGCAGACGCUGCAGUGUGGCUGAGGUCCAGAGUUCUGGGCGUGGGACGCAGUUGCUUGGUCCCCCUACGGCCCAGGUGGCCUUCAGUGAACACUGAGGAGUACAGGGCCUGAGCUCACACCCCUUCUCAUGGAGGGCCCUGGGUCGGGGCGGGGCUGGCCGCUCUUCUCUUGGGUCCCUGCGGGUGGUGUGAGGGCUCCUGGACGGGCGUCUUCAGGUGCCUGGUCUCCCUGCCUGCAUGGCCGCUGCCCCUCCAGGCCACCCAACAGCCACGGCUGGGGCAGCCACACGGACGGCUGAAGGAGCAGCUCCCUCCGACCAGGGUGACCUGGUUGGGCAGGGACAGGGUGAUCCUGGCUAGUCUCGGGCUUCCUGAGCCUCGGCGUCCCCAUCUGUGCAGAGGGAGUGAGGGUGCUCCCACCUCACAGGAUGCGCGGGGUUCAGAGAGUGCGGCUCUCCUAGCUCUCAGGACAGACCCGCUCCUGGGAACCUCUCCGUGGCGGAGGGGCGGCUUCUGUCUACCUCCAGGCAGGGCUGGGCUGAGGCUGGGGCUCCGGGCCCCUCCCUCCCCUCUGCUCCGGACCCUCUCAGGCCCUUACUCGUUCUUUCCUGAAGGGGAGGACAGCAGAGGUGAGCAGAGGUGGGGCAGGUGGAAGCCUGGGCCUGGCCCCGCCAGAGGGCCUGAGGCUCGGUUUCGGGGCUCAGGAAAUAGGUGCCCCGGGAUCUGUUGGGCCAGCAGGUAGAGGAAGAGGCACAGUGAUUCAUCUGAGGUCGCGUCCAGGUAGGGUCUGGCCUUGUCACCUUGUCAGCCCCUUCCUCUGCCCCCCCCCCGACUGUGCAUUAUGGAGGACGGGGAGGCGGGAGGGGACA